GACCACUCUGUCUUGGGACUUCGGCUUCUCAUCUUCUUUUCUUUCCGCUCCUCCAGCUCCUACUCUCCAACAUGACGGAGUUCACACCGGACCAGAUUGAAGACUUCAAGGAGGCUUUCGGUCUCUUUGACAGAAUUGGUGACAGCCAGGUGGCCUACAACCAGGUGGCCGAAGUCAUGCGCGCCCUGGGCCAGAACCCCACCAACAAGGACGUUACAACGAUUCUCGGCAACCCAUCUGCUGACGACAUGGCCAACAAGAGGCUCAACUUCGACGCUUUCCUGCCCAUGCUGAAGCAGGUGGACGCCCUGCCCAAGGGAACCUACGACGACUACGUUGAGGGUCUGCGCGUCUUCGACAAGGAGGGCAACGGCACAGUCAUGGGCGCUGAGCUGCGCAUCGUGCUGUCCACCCUGGGUGAGUCCCCCUAA